UUCGAUUCUAGACAUAAAGUUUCUAUAUUCUUGCUAUUAGCUUUUGUUAAUUUGCCUUAGGGCUCUCGUGUUAUUUUUUAGCACAACCAAUCUCUGCAAUGUCAGUUUGCUAAAAUUUCAAGAUUAUCCUGAAAUGAGGAAUGAUAACGUACAGGUCACUUCUUCCAUCAACGUACCCGCCGUACGAUUCAAUGCAAAUAAAGAUUUCCAGAAUCGCAGCUUAACUUAUGACCGUGAUAUUGCUUUUGCCCGACAUCAGCGGAAAUCAUGGGUGCGUCCUAGUAGUGAAAGACGGUCGAAUAGGGAAGCUCUUACAACCUUACUAUCAGCUCAUGGUGAAAACUCCAAUGAUUGUAUAGAGAGGCUUUUAGCUGAAGAAAUCUCAUACCGAGAUUUGGGCUCUCUCUCCAACUCUGACUUGGAAUUGAUGGGCUUUAAAGACUCCAAUGAGCGUCAAGAAUUAAUAUCGUUUUUCACAGAGCUACCAAAUCAGGACCCUUCGUUCAAGAAUAUUUGUGAUAUUCACGAGGCGAAGAUGUAUAAUGGUGAAAUUAUGAGCAAUGCUAUCGACCAUAUGGAAAACAUGCGUUCUGCUUUAUCGGCAACCAAUUACAAGUUGAAGAUUUUUCCUCCGGAUGAUAUUAUUGUGGGAGAUAAAAGUUUUGCCAGUCGAUUUGUUUUAGAAGCUCUAACAGAAUUGAAGACGGUCACUUCCGAAAUUGACAAAGAACUAGAGGAGUUGUCAAAGCUCACACUCGAUAAAGGAUCAAUACCAGUAUUAAAAAGGAAAAAUAAAAAAUUUCAUUACUUCACCCUCGGUUUUUGGGCAUUGGCUUGCUCGAUAACAGCCGCGACUGCUUUGACCACAGUUUACUUUUUGAAAACUAUUAAAAACUAAUUUAUGCAUAUUUUUAAUCAAAGGCACCAAAUCAUAAUUCUUGUAUAUAGUAAUUCCAUCAUCCAAUAUUUAGAAAAAUGUGAAUUAAUUAUUUGCCUAAUUAAUAGCGCUUUUAGUGAACGCUGCUGCAUCCGUUCAAAUAGGUUCGUGUACAAAUAUUAAAUUAAUACAAGUGAAUAUUUAAGUUAAAUGGAAAAA